CUUUCUCCCUCCCUCUCGGCCUAUUUAACAAUAGAACAUAAACAAAUGUAAAAUCAUUCGGAACUCAGUGAUCAAACGGUUUUCAAAUAGAGAAGGAAAUUUAUGUGAUUAAAUUUCUUCUGUGUAUAGCAAGUAACAGUGUGAGCUGUGAUAUUGAAUAAUAACAUCGAAGUGAUCGUCACGCAUCGACGACAACAACAUGGAAGGAAUAUUUGAAAUAUUCUGCGGUCUCACUGUAAUUAUUCUUCUUCUGUAUUAUUAUCUGACCAUGACGUUCGAUUACUGGAAGGUUCGCGAUGUAAAAGGCCCUCAACCGAUUCCUUUAUUCGGCAAUAUGAAGGAUGUAAUAUUUCAUAAAAUAAAUAUGACAGAAUAUCUCAUGAACAUAUAUAAUUCCUACAAGGACGAACGAUACAUCGGUAUUUUCUUUAGAAGUAGACCGAUACUCAUCCUAAGAGAUCCACAAUUGAUAAAGAACAUCUUAAUUAGAGACUUUUCCAGUUUUCCUCAACGAGCCGUGGACGUUACCGAAAAAGUAGAACCAUUGACGCAAAAUCUCAUAUAUCUCGAAGCACAUAGAUGGAGACCAUUAAGGAAUAAAUUGACACCUGCGUUUUCUAUCAUUAAAAUGAAGGAAAUGUUUCCAUUGAUAAUGACCUCCUCACUUCAUUUUGAGGAAUAUAUUAAUAAGAUACCUGACAACGAUAUCAUUGAUAUUUAUAAAUUAUUCAAUAAAUUCACUAUAAAUAUAAUUGGUAAUUGUGUAUUCGGAAUUGAAAUAGACGUGAUUAAAGAUGAAGAAAAUGAAUUUAGUAAAAUUAUUAAAGAAAUAUUCAAGGAUAAUUUAAUGACACUGGUGAAAUAUCGUCUGCAAAUGAAUUUUCCAAAAUUGUACAACGAACUCGGCUUUCUAUUUCGAAAUUCUCGUCAUAUUUCUUUUUUUUCAAAUAUCGUUAAUAAAACAAUAAAAUACAGAACAGAAAAUAACAUCGUUAGGAACGAUUUCAUAAAUGUACUGAUGGAAUUGAAAAGAAAUCCGGAAAAGCUUAGUGAGGAUAUCGAACUAACGGAUACAUUUUAUGCCGCUCAAGCGUACGUAUUUUUUGCGGCUGGUUCAGAAACAUCUUCCUUGACUAUGACCUUUAUUCUUUACGAAUUAGCUCAAAAUCAGAACAUACAAGACAAAGUUCGUAAAGAGAUCAAUGAUGAAUAUGAAAAAAAUGAUGGUACCUUAAAGUUUGAAUCUAUAAAAACGCUGAAAUAUUUACAGGCGGUAUUCAAAGAAACAUUAAGGAAACAUCCACCGGUAAUAUUUUUAUCUAGAGAAUGUAUGAUACCAUCUUACACAUUGGAGGACACUAAAAUUACUAUAGGCAAGCAUCAAAGAAUUUUUAUACCGGUAAUCGCAUUACAUAAGGAUCCAAACAUUUAUCCGAAUCCAAAUGUUUUUGAUCCUACACGAUUUAUUACCGAAAAUAAUUUAAUUAAUGAUGGAACGUAUCUACCUUUUGGUAGAGGACCUCGUAAUUGUAUUGGAGAAAAAUUUGCAGAGUAUCAAGUGAUAAUUGGAUUAGCAACAUUUUUACGGAAUCAUAAAGUCGAUAUUUGUGAGAAAACAAAAAUUCCAUAUACGAUCGGUAGAUCGGAUUUCUUGUUACAACCAAAGGAAGAAAUAUAUUUAAAAAUCAGUAAAGUUAUUGAAAAAUAAUGUAAUUAACUCGUUAUAAAAUACAUUAAAAAAUUAAUCCCAUUAUUGGCCGUAUAUUUUUAUAUAUAUAUAUAUAUAUAUAUUCAUGUAAUGUUGUAAAUUAUUCUACACGCUAUAGAAUAAAAGAUUUCUAUAUACGAUAUUGAUUAUAAUAAUUUAUUGGGUCGAUUUGAAAUAAUGAAGCAAUUUUUUUGUAAUUACGAAGAUUUUGUUAUCGUCGUUUCGAUUGAAUUUAUCGAUAUUACAUUGAUCUAACAAUUAUUUUUAUAAAUCGUCCUCUGAAAUUGAACUUUUUUACCUAUAAAAUAUCAGCCAAAAAUGUGCACAAAAAUUUUUAAUUUAUUCCUGUACGUUCGUUUUGAAAUCUCAAUAACAAUGAUUGCAAAUUAAUAUUCAUAUAUAAAAUUUAAAUUAUUUAUAAUACUUUGGAUAUAAUAAAAAGAAAAAGAAAAAUCACCUCUUAGUCUUCAUGAUUCCAUGACAACUCGUCUACGUUCUUGGAAAAGAUUUUCCACUGACAAAUCAUUAUUCCCGAUAAAUGGAUUAAGGAAAUGUGUCUUAAUAAAUAUCGAUUUUUCUAUUUAUUAUCUAACAA